AGAAGUGGGAGGGGCUGGAUGUGUGCGAGCAAUUCUCGCUGCAGCAGAUGCUAAGGGCCACCAACAACUGGUCGGAGGACAAUGUGCUGGGCAAGGGUGGCUUUGGCAUUGUAUACAAAGGCCGCUCUCCACAGGGCCAGCUGUGGGCCAUCAAGCGAUCCACCAUCAUGACCAACGACUUCGAAACGGAGGUGCGAGCCAUGGCCUCUCUCCACCACACACACCUUGUGCGCCUGCUGGGCUUUUGCCUGGACCAGAACGUGGAGACAGGCAAGCAGGAGCAGAUCCUCGUGUACGAUUUCAUAGGCAACAGGGACAUGGAUUACCAUAUCCACAGGACCAAGCGUCCGCUGUCUCUACGCCAGAGGCUGCGCCUGGCACUGGGAGCAGCAGAGGGCUUGGCGUACCUGCAAGGGUUUGACGCGCCCAUCGUUCACUGUGACAUCAAGCCCGCCAACAUUCUUGUGACUGAAGACAUGCAAGCCAAGGUGGCUGACUUUGGGCUGCUCAAGCGCCUCACUCACGGCGAUGCUGAUGCCACGCGAGUUGCUGGCACUCCGGGCUAUGUGGAUCCGGAUUACAACCGCACCAAUGUCAUCACAGCCAAGAGUGACGUGUUCAGCUUUGGAGUUGUGCUUCUUGAGCUGCUGAGUGGAAAGUCGCCCCAAGCUAUGAAGCUGGUGGAGACAUAUGAGCUAGAAGAGCUGAGGGACAGCAAGAUGCCGGCGGCAAGUGAAGAGGCUAUAGUGGAACUUGCAGACCUGGCUCUGGACUGCAUCAAGUCUCCCGGCACACGGCGACCCACUAUGAAGGAUGUGGCAUACCGCCUCAGUGCCCUCAUUGCCAAGCACUGCCCCGACAAGGAGGAUGAGUGGGAGAGUGCCACAGAAGAAGAGAGUGAAAGCAACAAGGGUAGUUAA